AUGUCUUCGAUUAGAGUUGAUUCAACUAAGCCGUACUUCGCCACGAGCAGUCUCGUGGUCGGGUAUGCACUCUGUUCCAGCUUGUUAGCUGUGAUAAACAAGUUUGCCAUUACCAAAUUCAACUACCCUGGCCUUUUGACCGCACUGCAAUACCUUACUUCUGCUUUGGGAGUUUGGGCUCUGGGAAAGUUUGGAUUUUUACACCAUGAUCCCUUCUCACUCCAGACGGCCAAGAAGUUUUUGCCUGCUGCCUUUGUGUUCUACCUUGCAAUCUUUACCAACACUAAUCUUCUUCGCCAUGCCAAUGUGGAUACGUUUAUAGUGUUUAGAUCAUGCACACCCCUUUUGGUUGCGCUAGCGGAUACUGCCUUUAGGAAACAGCCAAUCCCAUCUAAGCUUACCUUCGUGUCGUUGUUGAUCAUUUUGGGCGGAGCUGUUGGCUAUGUGGCCACUGAUUCGGGUUUCACUUUGACCGCUUAUUCAUGGGCAUUUGCAUAUUUGGUGACCAUUACAACUGAGAUGGUUUAUAUUAAACAUAUGGUCACUAAUCUCGGGUUGAACACCUGGGGUUUUGUGUUGUACAACAAUCUGUUGUCACUAAUGAUGGCCCCACCGUUUUGGAUUAUAACCGGAGAAUAUGCUGAAGUGUUUGGUGCUUUGGGAUCGAAUGCUGCGAAUUUCUUUGAACCUGGUGCACUUUUCGCAGUCUCACUGUCAUGUGUGUUUGGAUUGCUCAUCAGUUUCUUUGGGUUUGCAGCUAGGAAGGCAAUCUCUGCAACAGCAUUUACAGUGACUGGUGUUGUUAAUAAGUUUCUUACGGUUGCCAUCAAUGUGCUGAUUUGGGAUAAGCAUGCCAGUCCUUUUGGUUUGCUCUGCCUCCUCUUAACAAUUAUAGGGGGUGUUCUUUAUCAGCAGUCAGUGACUGGAGCUGGCAGUACUCCAUCCCAGCACGAAACAACAGUGUCUAAGCAGACUCCCAGCGAGAAUGAUGGUGAUGACUUUCCUGAAGAAAAUCAAGGGAAGGCAGUUUCUGUUAAACUUGCUUCUAUAUGA